UGUGAAGUAAACACGGACUCACGUGGUGGAGAAGAUCCAGCUGCACUCUAAGUUUUCCAGUGAGUGUUUAGGGAGAUGUGCGCGCGUGUUUAAGCGCUUAUAAAGACUAAUAGUGGAGAUGAUCCGAUAAAAUAUUACAAAUAUUCAGAUUUUCGCACAGAAGAUGAAGAAGCUGAACUAGAGUUUGUUCUAAAGGCUGAGAGACCAAACCGGUCAAAGACGUCAUGGCAGGUAGAGGCCGAGGACGAAGCCUCUUUACCUUUAACGUGGACUCUCUGGGUUUUGGAAGAGGAGAAGCUUUACCCGCCAGUGCCCAUGCCCCCUCACCACUCUACCCUCCGAUGCAGUUCAGGCCGGUUCCGCUGCACACGGGCGAGGAGGUGGACUACAUGCUGGCUCUUAAACAAGAACUCAGAGCCUCCAGCAAGAACCUGCCGUUCUACAUCCGCACAGCCAGAUCAAAGAAAGAUGUGGACCGUUACUCUGAUAAAUACCAAACAGGAGAACCAAAGAACAACAGCAUAGAAUGGAGCCCAGAUUGGAGUCGACUGCCUAAAGAGUUAUGCAUCAAGGUGCAGAAGCCACGCAAAGGAAAGGCCAGGCCAAUAGUGAGGCCUAAAAUAAAACCUCCUGCCUGUAAAGAAGAACUCAUCCAAAAACUAGAGACCCUGGAAAAGAAGGAGGAGGAGCACCAUUCUGAGAAUGAAGAAGAUGAAGAGAAAAAGAAGAAAACAGGAGAGGAAGAGGGAGAGUCUGAAGUAGGGGAAGAAUAUGACGAAGAAGAAUUUGAGGAGGAGACAGACUACAUCAUGUCUUACUUUGACAACGGUGAAGACUUCGGAGGAGAUAGUGAUGACAAUAUGGAUGAAGCCACCUACUGAAAACCUCUUAGAGAACAUUUUAUUUUUUCCUGAUCUCUAACACAGGACGUGUUUGUGAGCUGAACUGAGCGAUGAGCUGCUCUUGCUGCUGUACUGUUUAGUAAACACGUUUCAGGACCUGAACACUGAAUGCUGCCUUUAGCUUUAUGGCUGCCAAAACCCAGUGCUGCUAUGACAUUGCUGCUAUUUUAUUGAUACUAAGUGCAGUCCAGUUACAUGACAUAUACAGCACGAGACAUCUAACACAAUCUCUAUGGCUGAUUUUUGCUGAUCUGGCAGUGUUCGGCCACUUAAAACCUUGAAAAGAGGACAUUACAUCAGGGAGCUGUAAUUUAAUGUGUGGUUCAAAUUGUUUUUGAAGCCUGCAGACAAUCUUUGGCAACAUGUAUUUUUCUGUAGUAAUAUAAUGAAUAAGCUUGAAGUGCUAACCUGUAACUUGAUUUGUCUGGGUGGAAGAAGAUUAAGAGCUUUACCAACAAUCACUACAUAAAUCAUCCAGCAGAGGGCGCACUGUGCCUGGGGAAUAGAGGUCCACCAACACUCACUCACUUGAAUAUAAAAUUUGGUGUGGCUUUGUCUGGUACUGAAUGUUUUACUGGUUUGAUGAAGGGGUCUGGUUACUUCAUUCAUUCCAUACAUCAAUACCUGUGCCAUAAUAAACUGCCUUUGUUUUAAUGCA